AUGAAACAAUGGGGAGAAAAGGUAAAGUGGGAAGAACCUCAGCCGAUGAAAACAACUGGUGAACAACAUGAUGCAAAACCGAAGCCUAAUGAGAAUAUGGGUAUUGAAGAUUUUGCAUCUUGUAAAUGUAAAGAAAGGAUUUACGAUUACAAAAACGAAGAAGAGCUUUCAGAAGGUGAAAAGUUGGUCAGAAAGAAGUGUGACAAGGAGCUUGACAAUUUGUUGCAUCUUCGUAAAGAGUUAGAAGAUAAGGAAAAGAAAGUUGAAGUUGAAAAUGCAACUCUUGAGACUCAUAAGUUGCUCUUUCCUCCGUGGACAAUGGAUCAAAUUUAG